GCUGAUUUAUCUCACGUUUUGUUUCUAGAUAUAUCCGGUUAUAUGGGAGAAAAUUUAGCAAAGAAGAUCAUGUGCUUUUUAUUAAGCUGUUGUAUGAAAUGGUAACAAUUCCAAAACUGGAGAUCAGCAUGAUGCAUGGAUUUGCACGGCUGUUGAUAAACCUGUUAAAGAAAAAAGAACUGCUUUCCAGGGAAGACUUAGAAUUACCAUGGAGACCACUUUAUGAAAUGUUGGAAAGGAUACUGUACUCCAAAACAGAGCAUCUUGGAUUAAAUUGGUUUCCUAAUUCUGUAGAAAGUGUUUUAAAAACACUAGUGAAGAGCUGCCGACCAUAUUUUCCAGAAGAUGCCACUGAGGAGAUGUUAGAUGAAUGGCGUCCUUUAAUGUGUCCAUUUGAUGUUACCAUGCAAAAGGCCAUCACCUACUUUGAGUUAUUUCUACCUACCACCCUUCCUCCAGACCUUCAUCAUAAAGGUUUCAAGCUUUGGUUUGAUGAAUUUAUAGGCCUUUGGGUGUCAGUUCAAAAUCUUCCCCAAUGGGAAGGGCAUCUAGUAAACCUUUUUGCUCGUUUGGCCACUGACAACAUUGGGUAUAUAGAUUGGGAUCCAUACGUACCAAAGAUUUUUACCAGGAUUUUGAGGAGUUUGAAUCUUCCAGUGGGUAGCAACCAAGUUGUUGUUCCAAGGUUUUUAACAAAUGCUUAUGAUGUAGGACAUGCAGUAAUGUGGAUCACAGCCAUGAUGGGUGGACCAAGUAAGCUAGUGCAGAAGCACUUGUCUGGAUUGUUCAAUAGCAUCGCCUCUUUCUAUCAUCCUUCAAAUAAUGGGCGCUGGCUGAACAAACUGAUGAAACUGCUUCAAAGGUUACCCAGUGGUGUUGUAAGGAGGCUACAUCGUGAGCGCUACAAGAAAGUGACAUGGUUAACUCCUGUGCCUGAUAGUCAUAAACUUACUGAUCAGGAUGUUACCGAGUUUGUAAAAUGCAUUAUUCAACUUGUUCUUCUGGCUAUGUUCAGUAAAACUGGAAGCCUGGAGGCUGCUCAAGCACUGCAGAACCUUGCACUGAUGCGUCCUGAGUUAGUAAUUCCACCUGUACUUGAGAAAACGUAUCCUGCACUUGAGACAUUGACUGAACCUCAUCAGCUCACAGCUACUCUAAGCUGUGUGAUUGGAGUAGCGCGUAGCUUGGUAUCAGGGGGGAAGUGGUUUCCUGAAGGUCCUACACACAUGCUACCUCUACUGAUGAGAGCAUUGCCUGGGGUGGAUCCAAAUGACUUCAGCAAAUGCAUGAUUACAUUCCAGUUUAUUGCAACGUUUUCUACUCUGGUGCCUUUAGUAGACUGUUCAUCUGUAUUGCAAGAAAGAGAUGACCUGUCAGAGGUGGAAAGAGAACUGUGCUCUGCAACUGCUGAAUUUGAGGAUUUUGUACUACAGUUUAUGGAUAGAUGUUUUGGACUUAUAGAAAGCAGCACGCUAGAACAAACCAGAGAGGAGACUGAAACUGAGAAAAUGACUCAUUUGGAGAGUCUAGUGGAAUUAGGUCUGUCUUCAACUUUCAGUACAAUCCUUACUCAGUGUUCAAAAGAUAUAUUUCAGGUGGCCUUGGAGAAGGUUUUUAACUUUGCUGUUUCAAAUAUAUUUGAGACAAGAGUUGCUGGUCGGAUGGUUGCUGAUAUGUGCCGAGCUGCAGUAAAAUGCCGCCCAGAGGAAUCCUUGAAGCUUUUUGUACCCCACUGCUGCAGUGUUAUAUCUCACCUUACCGUCAAUGAUGAUGUCUUGCGUGAUGAAGAGCUGGAUAAGGAGCUACUUUGGAAUCUUCAGCUCUUGUCAGAGAUCACUCGAGUGGAUGGAAUGAAGUUGCUACCGUACAGGGAGCAGCUUGGGAAGAUUCUGCAGCGAACCCUACAUUUAACCUGUAAGCAGGGUUACAUUCUGUCUUGUAACCUACUGCACCAUCUUCUCCGUUCUGCUACACUUAUCUACCCCACAGAAUACUGCAGUGUGCCAGGUGGCUUUGACAAGCCUCUUUCUGAAUACUUUCCUAUCAAGGACUGGGGUAAACCAGGUGACCUGUGGAACUUGGAUAUCCAGUGGCAUGUUCCUUCACCUGAGGAAAUAAACUUUGCAUACUAUUUGCUGGAUACUUUCCUUCAGCCUGAGCUCACCAGGCUAGAGCAAUAUGCAGCUGGAAAACUGGAAAUGUCCAGAGAUGAUGUGCAGCAGUGCCUUGUUAUAGUUCAUAACUGCUUGAUUGGUUCAGGGAAUAUUCUGCCUCCCCUAAAAGGAGAAAGGAUAGCUCAUCUGGUUCCAAGUCUGGUGUCCUUGGAAGAGACAAAACUUUAUACUGGUGUUGAAUAUGAUUUAUCAAGAGAGAAUUAUCGAGAGGCAAUUGCAAGAGUUACAAGGAAACUAUUGCGCUAUAUACUCGAUAAUUCAGAAGAUGAUACCAAGUCCUUAUUUGUGAUAAUAAAGAUCAUUAGUGACGUUUUACAGUUUCAAGGAUCUCAUAAGCAUGAGUUUGACUCACGAUGGAAAAGCUUUAAUUUGGUGAAAAAAUCAAUGGAGAACAGGCUUCAAGGAAAGAAGCAGCAUAUCAGAGCCUUGCUAAUAGACAGAGUUAUGUUGCAGCAUGAGCUGAGAACACUAACAAUGGAAGGCUGUGAGUACAAGACCUCCCACCAGGAGAUGAUCAGAGAUCUUCUGUGUUUGUCCACAAGUUCAUAUGGUCAGAUCAGAAGUAAAGCUCAGCAAGCACUCUUCACAGCUCUGGGAACUUACAAUUUCUGUUGCAGAGAUAUCAUUCCUUUGGUUUUGGAGUUCUUGCGGCCAGACCGGCAAGAUGUCACACAACAGCAAUUCAAAGGUGCCUUAUAUUGUCUUCUUGGAAAUCACAGUGGAGUAUGUUUGGCAAAUCUUCAUGAUUGGGACUGCAUUGUACAAACAUGGCCAGCCAUUGUUUCUUCUGGGCUUAGCAAAGCCAUGUCCCUGGAAAAACCAUCAAUAGUUAGACUCUUUGAUGACUUAGCAGAAAAAAUCCAUAGGCAGUAUGAAACAAUUGGAUUGGAUUUUGCAAUUCCAGAGAAAUGUGUUGAGAUAGCUGUUUUGCUACAAAAAUCAGAACAUCCUAGUUCGGACUUGACGGUGCCUUGUUCCGAAGAAAUUCAAUUAGGAAUUCAGCGACAGAAAGAGAAGAACAGUGAAGCUCUGCGCCACUACGAAAAUCUAGUCAACAGACUUUUGGACUGUGUGGAGCAAAGAAAUCUUCCUUGGAAGUUCGAGCACAUAAGCAUUGGCUUUCUGUCUCUGCUCCUGAGGGAUGACAGGGUGCUGCCUGUCCGUGCCAUAAGAUUCUUCGUGCAGUGUCUCAACCAUGAUGCAAUUGUAGUUCGUAAGGUGGCCAUCUCUGCAGUGGCUGGUAUCCUCAAGCAACUUAAGAGAACACACAAGAAAGUGCCCAUCUGUCCUUAUGAAAUUAGUGGAAACCCUAAGCCUUCCAGCAUGCAGGCUGGUGACAGACUGGAUAACCAGUGGCUGCACUAUGACAGUCAGAAUUUACCAAAGACUAAGGAAGCUUGGGAAUCAUGUUGUUUUGUGGAAAAAACACACUGGGGAUACUAUACAUGGCCUCAAACUAUGACAGUUUAUGCACCAGUUGAGCAGCAACCAAAGCUGGGGCGGAGGAGAGAUGAACUGAUAGAGGCAGAACAAAUUAUAUAUGAUCACUUCUCUGAUCCCAAGUUUGUUGAGCAGUUAAUAAAGUUUUUGUCUUUAGAAGACAGGAAAGGAAAGGACAAAUUUAAUCCCCGCAGAUUUUGCCUCUUCAAGGGCCUUUUCAGGAAUUUCGAUGAUGCCUUCCUGCCGAUUCUCCAGCCCCAUUUGGAGCGCCUCGUAGCAGACUCCCAUGAAAGUACCCAGCGCUGUGUAGCUGAAAUCAUAGCUGGCUUGAUAAGAGGCUCUAAGCACUGGACAUUUGAGAAGGUGGAAAAACUUUGGAAGUUUCUGUGCCCAUUACUUCGAACAGCUUUAUCCAACAUUACAGUGGAAACGUAUAAUGAUUGGGGCACAUGCAUAGCAACCUCCUGUGAGAGCAGAGAUCCCCGGAAACUGCAUUGGUUAUUUGAAUUGCUGUUGGAGUCCCCACUGAGUGGUGAAGGAGGAUCGUUUGUAGAUGCAUGCCGACUUUACGUGCUGCAAGGCGGCCUUGCACAACAGGAGUGGCGAGUACCAGAGCUGUUGCACAGACUGCUGAAGUAUUUGGAACCUAAACUCACACAAGUUUACAAAAAUGUCAGAGAGAGGAUAGGAAGUGUUUUGACCUACAUAUUUAUGAUAGAUGUUUCCUUGCCAAAUACUGCUGUAACUAAGUCACCUCGCAUCCAUGAAUUUACUACUCGGAUACUUGAACAUCUUAAACCCCUUAUGGAAGUAGAUGAAGAAAUUCAGAAUCAUGUUACGGAAGAGAACGGAAUUGGUGAUCAAGAUGAGCGAACUCAAGGCAUCAAGCUCCUGAAAACUAUUCUGAAGUGGUUGAUGGCAAGUGCAGGAAGGUCCUUUUCUACAGCUGUCACAGAGCAACUCGAACUUUUACCGUUGUUUUUCAAGAUUGCUCCAGUAGAAAAUGACAAUAGCUAUGAUGAGCUCAAAAGAGAUGCAAAGAUGUGUCUAUCAUUAAUGUCUCAGGGUUUGCUGUAUCCUCAGCAAGUGCCUUUGGUACUUCAGGUGCUAAAACAAACAGCAAGAAGCAAUUCUUGGCAUGCCAGAUAUACCACAUUAACCUACCUCCAGGCCAUGGUAUUCUACAAUCUCUUUAUUUUUCUCAACAAUGAAGAAGCAGUCAAUGACAUUAGAUGGCUGGUUAUAAAACUCCUGGAAGACGAACAGCUUGAGGUGCGAGAAAUGGCAGCCACCACGCUGAGCGGUUUGCUGCACUGUAACUUCCUCACUAUGGAUGCUCCUAUGCAGACCCACUUUGAGCAGCUCUGCAAGAUGAGGUUGCCAAAAAAAAGAAAGCGAGACCUGUGUUCGGUGGUGGAUACAAUUCCUUCUGGUGACCUGGUGAAGCGCCACGCUGGGGUGCUGGGCCUCAGCGCGUGCAUCUUGUCCAGCCCCUAUGAUGUCCCCACGUGGAUGCCUCAGCUCCUCAUGGACCUCAGCGCUCAUCUCAACGACCCACAGCCCAUUGAGAUGACUGUGAAAAAAACACUGUCCAAUUUCCGGAGGACCCAUCAUGACAACUGGCAGGAGCACAAGCAGCAGUUCACUGAUGACCAGCUCAUAGUCCUUACAGACCUCUUGGUGUCACCGUGCUAUUAUGCAUAGAUAGGUUACUGUUGGGAAAAAAUAGGAUGUAGAAGACUUGCUACAAAAUAAAGGA